AUGGAUCUCAUCAAACAGCUCAUAGAUGCUCGAAAGGACGUAGCUACCUCGCGGCUCACCACUGUCGCAUCGCUCUGUCUAUUCAUCUACGACUGGAUUCUCGUCUUGGACGACGAACGACGGUUAUUCCGCACAUCCAGAUUCUCGCUGGGCAAAUCCCUCUAUUAUUUCAUCCGUCUCCUCAGCUUGUCUAGUCUGACGCUGAUGAUGUAUCAAAUAUCGGAUCUCCGCAAGCCGCUGUCACCUAAAUCCCCGCAAUUCUCACACGUCGUGCCUAGUUGCCGUGCUUACACCUGGACCUGGCCCACGCUCUUUACCAUUCUCGUCUUUUCAUGCUACUGGAUGCUCACGCUCAGAUUAAUCGCGCUCUACCGUUCGCAGCUGUGGGUCGUCUGGGGCUUCUACACGCUCCUCAUUACGGCGUUUGGUAUCACGCUAUGGCUUCAAAUUAGAACGCAGCUCCCAUUCAGCGACUUGAUCACAUACAUCCCCGAAGUCGGACUAUGUGGCACGUUUGCGACCGGACCAGACUCGACUCCAGCGUUCUACCCUCCGUUUGUGCUCGAGACGCUGCUGACGCUCAUCACGGCAUACCGUGCUUGGUGUGAUUACCGUCAGCAAUCGGAUAGACGGUGGCUGCCGCUCCUUGUCGUCUUGUACAGAGACGGUGCGAUAUUCUAUCUCAUUAUCGUCUCUGUAAGAGCAUGGAAUAUCUACAUUUUCCUCACGCAACCCAAAAUUAAAAUGUUCCUCGCCAUAAGCAUCAUGUGGGCCGCAUUUACAACGCUCACGACGCGGAUGUACCUCAACCUAUGCGAAGCGGCGGGCCGGAAUCGCUCAGAGCUGCCGACGGAGAUGACGGGGAUGAGCCGAACAUGGCAAGUUGCGAGCAAGCCAAGGCGGAAAUUGCACGACCCUACGCUCACGGAUAUUCUCAAUGCCGACGAAGUACGCACCGUCCCCGAGGAUGGCUGGCACCUCGCGUCUGCACCGACAAUUAAGUUAUGA